CCGAUCGAGCGCGGAAUUUUCGCGGUUUCUUUAGGCUUUUAAUAAUGUACAUGUGUUUUGAUUUCAUUUUAUGUAGAAAAAGUGUUUAUCUUGGGUUUUUUUGGAGUUGACGAACAUUAAAAAUUAAAUAAAUUGAGCUAUUAUCCUGUCAGCUGUGAAAUUGCCCAAGCAGCACAAUUUAGCACCAGUUUUGGAUAAGCGUGGCAUCACAAAACCCUCUUCAUCUGUACUUUUGUUUGAUGUAAUCUUGAUUGAUUCUGGGGAGAUAAUGGCACCUUCCACAAGAAAGAGAAAAGUGACCGAAGAUAAACUUAUUGUUGUUCAAAAGAAAAGAAAUCAAAAAGAAAAGUCUAAUUUGUUGGAUCAUUCUCAGUCAAAAUCUAAAAGAAAAACUUCUGUAGAGGAUGAAAUUUAUAAUGAUUCAUCUGAAACCACAGAGAAAUCUGCAAACAAAAAGCCAAAAAAUGAAAAAGGCUCAAAACAUGUGGCUGUUAAAGCAACACCUGAAGUAAAAGAAGCAAAACUGGUACUUUCAAAGGUAAAAGUAAAACAAGAAGAAAGAGGAUCUGAGUUAUACGAUAAUGAAACUGUAAAGAAAUCUUCUAUAAAUAAAUUAUCAAAAAAUGUAAAAAGUUCAAAACGUGUGGUCUCUGAAACACUACCUGAAUUAAAAGAAGCAAAAGUUUUACUUUCAAAAGUAAAAGUAAAACAAGAAGAAAGUGAUUCGGAAUUAGAAGGGAAUUCUCGUCAUUCAACAGACAGUGGUAUUGUUUCUGAAUUAAGUGAUGUAAAAGACAAAUCAAGUUUCUCAGUUAAUUGCAAAUCAGAUUUAUCUAUGCAAUCAUCAUCCUAUUUGAAAGAAGAAGGCAAAAAUGAGGCAUCGAGCAGUGAAUCUGAAUGGGAAGAAGUAGAAGAACGAGAAGAACAAAGUCUAGAUGAUUACAACCCUGUUAUUCCCAAAGAAGGAGUAGAAAUAACCAUUGAUUGUCCUGAUCUACAUAUACGUAAACGCAAGAAAAAACAGUUUGAUUGGCAUGAAUAUAUUAGACUGUAUAUUAAUCGAGAGAGAAAAGAUGCUCAGCUGUGUCUUCAUAAAACACAUUUAUUAUGUCUUUUGGCUCAUGGAUUUUUUGUAAAUGAUGUUUUAAAUUCAACAGUACUGAAAGGCAUGGCUUUGUCACUUAUACCCGAUGACAUCUUUGCAUCUUUUUCUGGUAAGAAAGUAGAUAAAAUAGAUAUUAAUGGAGUAGAAAAUCUCGUUUCUUGGUUUAACAGUUCAUUCAGCGUUGAAAAUGAAACAAAUGCAUUUAUUAAUUUAAGAUAUAAUAUGGUUAAAAACUUUGAAAGAAAAAAAUCUUUGAAUGCUUCCGAGUAUAAUCUUAUGUUUAUUGUAAUUGCUCGUACAUUGGGAUUUAAAGCUAGAUUUUGUGUAUCCUUUUAUCCUAUUACGUACAAAGCUCAGAAUUUAUUAAAAAAGCCUCAAAGCAAAGAACGCAGUACAUGUAAAAAGAAAGUGAAGACAGAAAAAUGUACUGUUAGUGCUUCAUCUUCUUCAUCUGCUAAUAAAGGUAGAAGUUCUAGAACUGCUGAUAAAACACCAAAAAUUCAAAAAGCAAAAACAGAAACUAAAAGAAGUGAAGUUAAGAAGGGAAAAACAGAGAAAAUGAAUCGGCCAGAGCGUAGCAAAAAGAAAAGUUAUAAAAUUAGUAGUGAUGAAGAUGAUGAUGAUGACAGAGAUAAAGAUUUUAAAGUUGAGGAUAAGAAGAGUAGUGAUGAGGACACUGAUAUUAAAAAAAAGAACCCUCGUCACUCUCGAGGAUCCUUUAAAACACCAAAUAGGAAAGUCUUGUCAUCAGAUUCUGAGCCUGUAUCUCCUGUACAGACAGGUUAUGAUUGUGAUAAAAUAACAUGUUGGGCAGAGGUCUUUUCAAAAUCCGAUAAGCAGUGGGUGUCUGUAGAUUGUGUAAAUAAGAUUAUUAAUAAACCAUAUGAUAUUGAAAAAACAAUUCCUCAGCCUGUGACCUAUAUUUUAGCAUAUGAUAAUUCUUCAAAUGUGAAAGAUGUUACUCGACGUUACUGUGCUGAAUAUAUGACAUGUACUCUAAAAUUAAGAGUUGAUCCAGAUUGGUGGGAAGAAACUUUGGAACCAUUUUUACCACCUAAUACAAAGUUAGAUAAGGAAGAAGAGAAAAAAUUGGAUAUGGUAUUAAGUAAUAAGCCUUUGCCUACUACUGUUGCAGGGUAAGUAUCUAGAAAUAAUUUC